AUGGGGCACGUCCUCCUGGGGUACACGAAAGAGAGGGAGAGGAAAAACGAACUGCACGACAAGCAGAGCGUGAGGAAGAAAUUCGUUUCGAAAGUUGGAGGGAGGCCCUUUUGGCUGGACCGCAUCAACCUGCUACCACAGAAGGAGUUCCACUGCUUCCUAUGUAGCAAGCUCAUGUCUUUUCUUUUGCAAGUGUAUGCACCCCUUGAUGACAUGCCUCACUGCUUUCACAGAUGCCUGUACCUUUUUAUUUGCCUGUCUUGUGGGAACCAAGUGAAGUGCUUCCGCACGCAGCUGCCCAGGAGCAACCCCUUCUACGGGUACAGCCUCGCCGGCGGGGGGGGCGACGAAGCAGAAAGUGAUGAGGAGGAAAGCGGUGGUGUGGAAGGCGGCGGUGAUGAUGGUGAGGAAGCGGACAAUGAGGAAGAAGAUGAUGAUGGUGAGGAGGAGGAGACGGGGGAAGAGCCCUCCGGGGAAGAAACGCCCAGCGAAGUCGCCACAACGGAGCGGUCUAACGGGGCUACCACAACGGGGGAGCCGAACGGACCCGCCGCCCCUCUCAAUUGUAACAGCCACCCCUCAAGUGCGCGCAAAGGAAACGCCAAGGGCAUAAACAGAGACGCGGAUUACCUGACCCUGUUAAUGCAAAAAGAUAAAAACAAAUUCGACGAGCAGAUGGAAUACCUCUUCUGCUGCCGCAUCUGCGGAAUACCCUGUGAGGAGAAGAGGGGAAGACAUAGGGAGUGCUCGGAGAGGAGGCACGUCAUAUUUAGGGAGAAAAAAAUUUACAUCAGCGAUGAGGAGGAUUGCGUGAGUAGCAGCAGCGAGUCGUGGAGCUCCUCCGGGGGGGGGCAGGGGGAGGAGCAGUCGGAUGGGCAGGGGGAGCAGCUUAACGGGCAGGGGGAGCAGCUUAACGGGCAGGAGGAGCAGGAAGGGGAGGAAGAGCAGCUUGACGGGCAGCCUGAUGCGCAGCCCGAUGGGCAGCUUGACGGGAAGCGUGAGGGGGGCGACCUGGACCGGAGCGAAAUGAACGCCUUCGAGCAAAUACAAAGGGAAGUGCUGGGGAGGCGCAGCAUCGACCGCGUGUUCCUCUCCUACUGCAGCAAAUUGAGGAGGUUUCCCCGUCAGUUCAUCCGCUACUCAUACAAAGGAGAGGCACUGCUCUCCUCCAGCGAGGCAACCAACAGCAAUCAAAAUAAUGUAUUCGAUGAGAGUUUACGUGUGACCUUCUGCAGUGGAAGGAGCCCCAAGAAGCAGCUGUCCUCCCCUGGUGGGGGUAACCCCAAUGGGAUUGUCCCACCGCAAUGUCACAUAUGCAAAAGAAAAAAAGUGUUUGAGUUUCAAGUGCUCUCCACAGUUAUAAAUUAUUUAGAGGUGAAAAAGAAUGUGAUGACCACGGAGGACCCCCUCUCCAAUUUGAAGUUCACCCACAUUUCUGUGUACACCUGUGAGCGCAACUGCGACGCGUAUGACGUGAAUAACGUGCAGGGGCGGCAGGGGCGAGCGGACACGAGCAGGUACAUUCAGGAAUACGCCUCGGUGCAGGCGGAGUGA